AUUUCUUGUUCGUGCAAAGCUUGGGUAGCUCGCAAAUUUUUAACCUCUAACAAUUUUUGCGAUAAAUUGCGGUGAAAUUGUUUCUUAAACCAUCUUAAAACCUCAUCAAGUGGUUAAUUAAAGAAACAUCGCCGUUGAAAGCGAAAGGGCAUCUUAUCCGAAACGUGAAAAGCGAAAGCAACACGCAAAAGACAAAAUGGCCGACCGAAGAUCUGGCGGAUCGAGUCGUAACAAUUUCAACGAUGAUAAAAAUUCCGCAGAUGUUCCUCCUAUGUCACGACUGUUCAUCAUCUGCAGCAAAUCGGUAACCGAGGAAAAUUUACGGGAGCAUUUUUCCAAAUUUGGUGAAAUCGAAGAAAUUUGGAUCGUGAAGGAUCGUCAAUCCGGCGAGACGAAAGGGGUGGCUUAUAUAAAAUUUUCCAAAACGUCGGAAGCGGCCAGGGCGCUGGAGGGCAUGAAUGGAAAGUUGAUCGGGGACAAUUCACGACCGAUCAAGGUUUUGGUAGCGGCCAACCGGCAGCAAGGUUCCCGCAAGCAGACCGAUAAUGAAGAGGAAAAAUAUUUGCGAUUGUUUGUGUUGAUUCCUAAAGAGAUGAACGAAGAAUCGCUACGUGAAGAGUUUGGCAAAUACGGUACCAUAGAUACCGUUACCAUUAUCCGAGAUAAGGUCACAAAGGAGGGAAAAGGUUUUGCAUACGUCAAGUUCAAUCGUUUCACUCACGCAGCAAGAGCUUUUGAGGAUUGCGACGCUAAGUACAAGGCAGUAUUUGCCGAGCCGAAACCUUCGAGGAAUUCGUCUGUUUCCUCGAACGAUAACUUUGGCGGUUUCAGCAGUGGUGGUGGUGGAGGUGGUUCGAACGGAUUCAAUGAAGAUCGUCGGGAUCGCGGUUCAAAUGUGGGAAGCUCAAACGCGAUGAUGAAUUUCAGUUCGCUGGGUGGAAAUGACCGUCGGAGCACGGGAAUGAACAAUGACCGUGCAUCAAACUUUGGCUUCAAUAGCAGCAAUUAUUCGGGCCAGGGUGGAGGUCAGACUGACACCUCGCUGACGGUUCUGUGCAGUCCCUCGCUUAAUCAGGACCAGCUGUGGAGGCUUUUUGACAUUAUUCCCGGAUUAGACUACUGUCAGAUUAACAAUGACUUCAACAAUCGCAACGUAACAGCCACUGUAGUGUACAACAAUGCACAAUCUGCAAUGUACGCUAGAGAUAAGAUCCAUGGUUUGGAAUAUCCUCCGGGGGAACGUCUUAUUAUUCGUUUAGGACACGAAGCGGUGGGCGUUAUGAACAACAAUGAUUCUUUUAACGGUGGAGAGCGUAACAAAAUGGUAGAUCGUGACGCUACAUUUUGUAGCGUCCCACUUCCGGCCCCUAUGCCAUUGGCCGAUUCUGACGCUGAAGUCGCUCAGCGAUGCUUCAUCGUGUGCAUCCCAAAGGCAUUGCCAACUAGUGUACUGAAACAGACAUUCUGUCGUUUCGGAGAUCUUAUAGAUGUUUAUUUACUACCGAACAAAAACUGCGGUUAUGCUAAGUUUGCUAGUGAAGAUAGCGCCAAAAAGGCCAUGGAAGUCCUGCAUGGAGCGGAGAUUCUGAACAUCCGGUUGAAGGUUCUGGAAGCGGAGGAACCGAGCAAUGACAGAAGAAAGCGUAUGCGUCAUGACGAGCGUAUGGACAACGAGUAAAGGCCUUUGCUGACAUGUUCGAGAGACCAUCUAGGAACACCAGCUUGGUCCGGAUGUGCGAACCGAGAAAACCCAUAGAAAAGGACAAGGUUCUCGUUCUCUAGGAUGCCCGGUAACACAAGGUAACGUACAUCCAAGGGCGUAACUUGUUUGCUAGAUGUGGAACGAUGAGAUUCGCUGGUUUGUUCGGAGCGGUACAGAUACAUGAUUGCGCGUUGGCUAGCAAGGAAGUUUAUGUUGCUAGUGAAUUAUAGGGUUUAUAUCUUUAACCCUUAAAUGAACGAAUUUCAUUUUUCUUUGGUACUCGUCUAUUUGGAUGGAUACGAUCUAUACCUCUUGUUGAGCAUUUAUAUCACAAAAUUCGGUAUGUUGCCAAAGGGCAACAGUAUGCAUUUAAGGGUUAAAUAAGAUUGUCGGCACGUGUAGUGCAGCCAAUUUUCAACUCUGUCGCACUGACAUAAACACAACCCGUAAAGUCAUGGCUUGCGUUUCGACUUCGUCUCAGUAUCCGAUACUAACUUAUACCCAGGAUAAUUUAGCGCCGGAUUGACGCUAAUACGUUUCUUGGCGUCUAAAUAGCAGAAGCUGCUUAUUUAUCCUUUUGAUGAGCGUAAAAGAAUCCUGUAAAAACUUCAAGCCGAAGAAAAUGCAUGUAUAAUUACGAAUAGUGUGUUCAAAUUUUGACCCCAAUUUGAGCUACAGGAAUUCGUUUAAUUUGCUGAUGUAUCAUGGUGUAAAUGGUUUUUUCAGUUUGUUUGACAUGGCACAUUACGUCUGGCUUGACAGUGCCAAUUUUCUUUGCAUUGCAUCUCAUUUUUUUAUAGUUUACAAUAUUCUAAAUUUGAUUUCUUAAAUUGUGAAAUUGAGGGUCUAUGACACAGAUACAGAUAGGCAUAGAUUAAAAGGGGUACUGAAUUAUAUAAAUAUAACGGGGAAUUUGUCAUAACUAGGGAUGCCGUUUGGUAGAUCUCGGGCUGCCAAAACAUCACAAGGUAAGGGAUUUGUCUCUCUGCUUCUAUUUGUUGCACGAUAUAUUUGUUUUAUAGCAAAAAUCAAUGGGUUGACUCGUGUCUGACUAGUGCGGAUAGAGCUUCAUGUCACUAAGUUAGUGUCGGAUUCUGAUGAACCAAGGUCUAAACGCAAAUUCCAUAAUGGAUUUAGUUAUAGGUCUUGUGUUCUUCAAGCACAAAGAUGGUUUUAAACAAUUUUCCUCUUAAUGAGGAAAAGUUAGUGUUUUCCUACAUUGUUCUCCUCUAAGGAGAAAUAUAGCAUUUGUUUAGCCAGUUUUAUGGGGAAACCGAACGACGGGUAUCAUCUGUCAACAGAUUUCCCGUUGUGGUCGUUGUAAGAUUUUCGUUCGUCAUUCCUGGCAUCCACGAGCAUCUUUUCGUCGUAUCCACGUUUCUUGCAUCGCUUUGCUUCCCUCAGCUCAACAUAUCGUUCUCUGUUUUGAUAUGUAUCUGCGGCAAGUAGGCAGCUUCUAGUUUGGUUUUACUCGUUUGUCGCUUUUAUCGCUUUAAUCCCAGUCGAACCAGCGAUACGUUUGAUUUUAUCCACACUGCGUUAAUAUCGUUAAGUAAGCUGUUCUUAGAUUUUUUCGUCAAGUCAUUCCGUUGGGGGGACAUUUGCUCUAUGUCAUAUCAUAUGUGGACCCGAUUAUGCUGAACAAUCUUAGACGAAUCAUACGCAUAUCCUUGAGGUUUAGCUCCCUGUACACAGGUUCAUAUAUGUACGGCGAAUCUUGUGCUCUAUGCAACCUUUUGGCACUGGCAAACCCACUAUUUUGUCUACCCCCGACUUUUUUAGAGUUGCAAAAUAUGCACAAACAAAAAUAUCAGGGGCCCUAUUCUCACAGUCAACCGAACUAGGAGCCCCCCUAGUUCGGCAGAUUUGGGUAAAUUGCCUGUUGAAGUGUCGAUUGUAUUCCACACAGCGCACAGUGGCGGAUCUUCAAACAAAAGUCGGACAAAACCUUAAAUGUUACCUAAUUUGGCUGAAAAUUAGAAUUUAAGCUAAUUUUGAGGUGCUGAGCUCAUUUUUGAUGUCAAAAGUCGUAAAAUAUUAAAUGCAUUUUUCCAUACAGUGUCAUUGAACCUUUCUUAUAACUAUGAUCCCGUUUUCAUGAUAGAUUUUCCGUUACUGUUCCAUUGCUUAACGUGUUGGUUUACUGUAGAUUUUCUAAUUAUUUUACACAAAACGCUUGCGCUUCAAUAUCAGUAACAAGGCUUCAAAAUCUCCUUAAACCUUUUUGCGCACCUAGGCGCAGAAAGAGACCAUGAUAUUCGAAAAGUAGAGGUUAUUUCCCAUAGAAUGUAUACUAUGUGACCGUUCCGAAAUGAUUCCGAAAUUUGUACAGAAUACAUUAAUGAAAAAAGUAUUUUUGAUCUGACCACCUCAAACAUAUUUAAACGAAAAAUCAUAGUUCCAAGCAAAUUUACCGAAUGUAUUUAAAUCACUAACCAAGUUCUCUCGUUCCUCUACACAAUGGAACUAGUUGUACUAAAAUGAGACCAAAUCAAAAGAGCAACAUGCAUUUGGAGUGAGCAGAGCAAUUGUGGUUUCGGAAAUGAAAAUCAUUAAAAAGUCCGGACUUUGCUACGUUUAAACUGAUGUUAAAAAUCGUGUUCUUAUCCAAUGAUCAUAAAAUUUUGAAUAUACAUCGUUCAAUACAUGAGAAAUUUGGAAAAAAUAUAAAACAUCAAUAUUUCAAAAAUAAAUUCUGACUCCUAGCGGUAGCUUAACGGAGCCGUGGAUCAUUUAUAUGUUUACAAAUGUAAAAAAUAAUAUAAACAAAUAUUAUUAUAAUAUUGGAUCUCGUGCCCGCAACUUUUUAUUGCGAGCGGAACCAUUCGCGGGGUUUGCUGGCAAUCUGCAUCAGUGGGGGUUAUUUAAUUCUUGUUUGUUUUUCACGUCCAGGUCGAAGCCGGCUUGGUGUCCGUGAUGUUUUUCCCUGUUUCUUGAACUUAUUGUUGAUCAGUGUAAAUCCGUCACUGUUAUUGUUAUCCUUGCCGAUGUUACUUACAGUUGAUUUUGCGGUGCUGGUCUUUUGUGGUUGUCAUUAUGGUUUGUGCAACUGCUGCCGCAAAGUUGGCCACCGUUUGUGGUUCUGGCAUUGGUAAUUGAAAACUCUUUUUUGGUUUGGUUUGCCGUAGAUGAGUUGGUAAUCGGUUGAGAUGCGUCUUCCUCUGCAUCUUCUGUGCAAGGUUGUCCAUGAUGUGUUGUCUGAUUACAAUACUUGCAUGUAGGAGUUUGCCCCUCAUGGGUGCAUAACGUAGUUUGUUUAAUUGUAGUUCCGUGAGUUUUGAGUUUUAUUGUCAAGUAGGACUGUACGGGCCUUUCGACACGCAUCCUCACUACUAAACCGCCGUUAGGAGUUUCCGGGAACAAGUUUCUCCUAGUAUCAGGUGUAACGGAUUCUACUUCUACGUAUUGCGACAUGCAUUUUGCAAUUGGUUCAGGAGGGGAGCUUCAAAAGGUAUUCCACUUCACAAAAAUUCGGGCGCGUUGAAUAAAAUUUCAAGUCAACGACCGCGGCGUUGGGUCGGAGUAGAGCUUUUUCGUCAACUUUACUCAUGGUAACAAGAAUAAUCCGAUGCUUCCUUUGUUCUCGAGACAAUGUACACUAGAUCGAGAGCCCUGUUGUUUACUUGGCUCGAUUGUAGGUCUGACAGCGGCUGAGGUAAAAAGUAGACUGACAAGCAUCGGCUUGGCCCAUAAACAGUGAAACGUCAGUGUAACCAACUACGUAUUCUUGUUGUUGGUGCUCCAUACAGCCAGACAGCCAUUCCUCGCGAGGAGGAAGUCUCACAUUGAAAGUUUUAAAACGAAAACUACAUGUAAGUGAAAGGUAACUGAAAGCAAGUAUAAACUCAUUCCAAGUAAUUAUACAGGUGGUCAUUAUAUGAUAAUCAUCGGCAAAAUCAUAUGUCGGAGACCUAAGCUCAUUAAAUUUCCUCAACAAGCCAUUGUCGAUAAGGUUUUCUAGAAGUGGUGACACCAACUUUCAAUUAGAAUUACCUCAGAAGUUGUCGUCGGUGAUGGUUACGUGGUCUAGAAAGUGUGCGCCAAAAAAAAAAAAACAGUUGAGUACAUCUUCGUCAGACGAGUAUUCACAAUAGCAGUUCUAAUCGAACUAACAUGCAAAUCUCUCGAUUUCGAAAUUAACCUACUCAAUCUACUAGUAUCGUUGAUACUUGAAACAUUUGUGUAGAGCCUUUCCAACCACUUCGCUCAAGGGAUCGAAGGGCAUUUCUGAAUUUUUUGCGAACCAACUUAAAUGCCUCUCUUCUGCCUAGCUUUUUGAAUCCAACAAGUUCGCUAUUCCACGAAGGUGUUCCUUCAGAAGCACGCAUAAUUCUAAACGGACAAACCUCUUGGUAUGUUGCUACAAUGAGUGAGUUUGUGUUAUCCACGAUCUCAUUCACUUAGAGAUUGAAUCGUUGGACAAUACCCAUGAAACCUACUCGCCAAGAGCUCUUCGUAGAGGUUACAUAUCAUGCAUUUGGGAUUACGAUAUGUGACUAUAUUUAGCGAGACGUUUGCCAACUCAUGCGUAAUACCGUCAGAGUAGAGUGUUAUGUGUAACACUAGCUCGACCAGCUCAUGCAAAUUUUGGGCGAUUUCCUACAUUAAGUAUAUGAAGAUUUGUACUACUUAAGUAUUCCAUCAAGCCGGUUCCUCGCAAAUGGGUAUCUGAGCUGCCCCAAAUUAUAUAAUUUCCAUCACUGUCGAUCAUAAGAGGAAACCCAUCUCUACCACAGUAUAAUACAACCCUUUUGAAAUCAUCAUAAGAUGGUGAUUCAUUAUGCGGCAAAUAUGCCGAAAAAUACAUGUAUUUCCUGUUCGUGUUAUCAACAGACAUAUUGGCUGUGACAGCAUCAAUAUCGCGAGUUGUAUGGUCGGAUAUAAGACAUAGCAUAGCAUAGCAAAAACGACGGGUGGCUGAUACAGUGAAAUCUUUUUAUACGACCGUAUAGUUCGCUGCGCACCUGGCCAUGUCCUUACGAUCGCUAAAGGGAAGGGAAUGUUAGUUGAAUACCUACUUAAGAAGAUACAGGGAACCCACGCAAUCUCCAUAGGUAUUAAGAAUGUUAGAUUUUGUUCGCAGGGAAGGUAAAUGGGAUGUGGGUUUUGGAGUUAUUUUAUAUAUUCAAAAAUAUGGAUAAUAAAAAUGAUUACAAAUCGGAUUGAUCUCACCAAAUUUAUUUGGGUGAUGGCACCACCGACAGAGUACUUUCCGCUUAGCUGGGUUACCACACCAAUGAAAAACUUGCGAUAUAGUUGACGAAGAAGACUUCCGAUGCUGAUACCGAUGCUAACGGUUUCUUUAAACUGACAAUAUUGUUCUACACACUCCAACAAGAAUGCUUCACAGUUUUGAACAAUUCUUUCCUUCAGUAUAAAAAGUCAAAACUUGCGGUACCAAGAACUAUUUUUCAACCGGUGAAAAAACGUCACGCAUUAGGAAAUCGCGUCCAACCUUACUCAAAACCUACUUCAAUUUCCAAUUCGAUCAAAAUUUGCUCAUUUUCACGUAAAAGAUGCUAUUUUUAAAAAUUUCACAAAACUUUGGGUUUAAGGGACCACUUCAUUGUAAAAAUGUGUUGACAGAGCAGUUGUAAGGUCGGAUAUAAGUCAUGCAUCAAUAGUACUAUUCACGUGUGCAUUCCACGGUGGUUUGUUUUGUCAUUUUUGAUGAAAGCUGCGAAGACGGGGUUAAGUUGUUUUUAAACAUAGCCGUUUUCUUUACGGAAAUCCAGCUUUUAAACCAAAGCUUUCUUUCUUGCAUGAAGUGUGAUACAUUCAUAGUUGCUGAACGUUUAUGCUGAAGAUUAAUUUGUGCUACUCUAACCAUACUCGAUUACAGCACUAGAACAUUUCAUCAUCAGCACUUAUAGCACAGACUAACCGAAAUAACAUUCGAAAACAAUGUUUCGUUCGCUUUAACGGCCAUAUUAAAUGCAUUUGUAGAUGGGACUGUAGCAGCAUUUGCGAUGAUGGCGCUACUGACAGAUGAACAAGUAUGCAGGGGAUAGACUACUAAUGAACACCCAGGUAACCAAUAAGCAUGCAAAAUGCAUGUUAGCGACUACUUGGUAAGCAUUUAAGUCGUUUUGAAUGCUAUUUGAAAGUCGCUUUUGGCAAAAUAUACGGCUACAUUGCUGCUGUGCCAUGAAAAUGCUUCUUUACUGCUGUUGUGCAUUCAAAAUGCUGUUUACCGACAAAAAGUUUUUUGAAUAGUUAUGCAUAAAGAAUGCUAAUAUACUGCAGAAAGCAUCUGAAAUGCAAAUCAAGUGCUAUUUUACUGCAUACACUAAUGCUUGUUUGUUACCUGGGCAAUUCCUCGCAGGGGUAACACUCUAGUAAAUGAGUGUUUGGGACUGUGUAUUAAAGGUGGAGUGUGUUCUGGAAAAAUAAGCGGAUAGAUAUUUUAAGAGGGAUUUCCUCAUAGGUUGGCAUGAGUUCCCUAUCUACAUGGGACUGAUCAGCGUUUAUAGGCAGUACAGCGAACUCCGAAAUGGGUAUUAGUAACAUGACCAUCGUUUGAACCCUGCGAUUUGCGAAGAAACAAACGUCUACUGUGUCGCUUAACAUAGCAAGGGCACUACACUCCGUGCGCGUCUGACAUAUUUUAGUUCAGUGCCGGCUAUUCAGUCUUCGGCACGGAGAAAUACCUUGACUUGAAGACUCCUGUUUUCAGUAGCCCCAUACGAUAUGGGAGCAGGAACGCUUACUUACUUGAUACUUGAUGGGCAACAAUUCGCUUCGUUGAAUCUACGCCGAGUCAAGAAUUCUCCUCCACUGGACUCGGUCCUGGGCCAAUCGCUUCCAGUCACCUUGGACAUUGAAUGCUUUUAGGUCUUCUUCCACUGUAAACAGCCAUCGUGUACGCGGUCUGCCACGGAGUCGUCGGCGUCUUCCCGGUUCUCUACUGAAUAUUACCGCGCCUGUCGUUCUUCCGGCAUUCGUGCCACAUGACCAGCCCACCGCAGCCUGUUUUUUAUUAGCUUGACAAUAUCCACUCCUUUAUAUACUUGGUAUAACUCGUGAUUCAUGCGACGCCGCGGCGCGCCGCCAGAUGCCAUUUUCUUCUUCACCGCCGAGUAUUGUUCGCAGCACCUUACGUUCGAAGACCCCGAACACUCUACGAUCAACUUCCUUUAACGUCCACGUUUCAUGGCCGUACAAGGCAACCGAACUAUCAAUGUCUUGUACAACGCGAAUUUUGUCUUCGUCUGCAAACUACGGGACUGGCUACGAAGUCCGUAAAAAGCCCUAUUUGCAGCUGCAAGAGGCCUUUUCACCUCGCGGAUAGCAUCAUUAUCGCACGUCACUAGAGUUCCAAGGUACACAAAUGCUUCCACUACUUCAAAUUUAUCACCACCUAACACCACUUCACCACCAACAUCACUAUUGGACCCACGUGUUCUUCCAGCUAUCAUGUACAUCGUCUUGCUGGUGUUGAUUGUGGGACCAAUUCUUGCUGUCUCCCUUUUAAAAGGCACGAAUGCCUCUUCCACGGCUCGGCGGUCGAUUCCAAUGAUAUUAAUAUCGUCCGCAAAUCCUGGGAGUAUAUGCGACCGAGUGACGAUGGUACCGUUCCUUCGCACGCCUGCUCUCCUGAUGGCACCUUCAAGAACAAUGUUGAACAGCAAGUUUGACAGCGCAUCACAGCGAAGGACGUCAAAAUCUCAUCCGCAACCCGAACACUUGAUUUCGAUCCAUCCAGCGUUGCACGAAUCAGCCUAAUCAGUUUCGUCGGAAAACCAUGUUCUACCCAGGCAUUGUAAUUCUCUCUCACUCACGCGAGAAGUAGCUUAUCCGAUGCCCAACUUUUCCGAGAUAAGAUGAGUCGCAAAAUUCUCCGUCUCCACAAAUAGCGUGAGAAUGAUUUUCCGGAUUAAAUUUAUUUGACUUUUUCCUUCUCACCGGAGAAGGUGAUAAAAUUUUAAUUUCGUGGAAAUCAAUUAAAACUUCAAAAAAUACACUUAAUUGCAAAGAAAAGCGGCAAAGAAGUAUGAUAGACUUGUUUUUUCGUGUUUUGGAAUAACGAAAACGAAGCAGCGAACGCAAGAAGGAUACCGUGAUAAACUCAUUCAUUCAUUCUCUGGCUGUUUUAUUUAUUCGGAGAAAUAACACGUUGUUUUUAUCUGGAGAAGUUGUGUGAGUGCCAAUAACUUUUCGUGUGAAAAUGUGAGUUUUUAUUGUCGCAGUAGCAAAUUAUCCGGGCGCAUUUACUCAUAUGAGCGAUAAAUAAAAUGCCUGGUUCUACCAUUAUCUGCCAUAACUCGAUUCUUUUCACUGAAUCGUACGUCGCUUUGAAAACAAUAAACAGAUGGUGUGUCUGCAAAUUGUAUUCCCGGAAUUUAUCUAGGAUCUGUCGCAGGGUAAACAUUUGAUCCGUUGUUGAUCGGCCUUCACGAAAACCACCUUGGUAUUCGCCGACGAAGGACUCCUCCAACGGCCUCAAUCUGUUGAACAGAAUACGUGACAUAAUUUUGUACGCCGAAUUGAGGAGCGAUAUUCCUCGAUAAUUGGCGCACUCUAGUUUGUAUCCCUUUUUAUAUAACAAAUGACAAAUGAGGCCCUCUAGCCAAUCAGCAGGUAGUUCUUCUUCUUCUCAUACGUUCAAAAGAGUAGGGUGAAGUAUUCCGUGCAGCUGCUCACUACCGUGUUUGAAAAGUUUGGCCGGGAGCUCGUCCUUUCCAGCAGCCUUACAGUUUUUCAGCUCUUUGAUUACCUUUUUCGCCUCUUCUAACGUCGGAGGCUCCACAGCUUGUCCAUCGUCACUUAUCCUUAUUCUGUUCGUUGACGCGCUAACAUUCUCUCCAUUCAAGAAUGUCUCGAAGUGCUCUCUCCACCUAGCUGCUACCAUAGUUUUAUCUAUCAGCAAGUUACCUUCACGGUCAUUGUACAUGACGGGAGACGGCGCUGUUUUUCUCCGUACGCCAUUGACAGUUUCAUAAAAUUUCCGCAUAUCAUUUUGUUCCAUACUGUUUUGCGCCUCAGUAAUGACGUUCUCCUCAUACUGCUGUUUCUUACUGCGGUGAAUUCUUUUUUCGGCUCCUCUUGCUUCCUUGUACCGCUCUCUGUUCUGCCGGGUACCAGACACUAACAUCCGGCUUCUGACAGCAUUUUUCUAAUCCGUCACUCUCUGGCAUUCCUCAUCGAACCAACCGUUUCUUGGUCGUCUCUGAGCAGUACCUAUUACUUCUCGCGUUGCUGUGCUCACCGCUCCUUGGAUUGACUCCCACAGAUUAUUGAGGUUGUCAUCUACGUUGAUUCCCCUUAUCCGCUCAUCAAGUUGUUAGUGGUACUCGUCCGUCACACCUUCUGCUGAGAAGCACUGGAUAUUGAAACGCAACGGUCGCUGAGUUCUUGAGUUCGAUACGGUUGAUAACCGUGCUCGAAUCUUACUGACAACGAGAUAGUGAUCAGAGUCGAUGUUUGGUCCUCUGAAGAUCCUCACAUCUAUAACAUCCGAGAACUGUCGGCCGUCUACCGUCUACAUGGUCUAUUUGAUUGCAAGUUUCGCCAUUCGGGUGCAUCCAGGUGUGCUUACGGAUGUCUUUGCGUGCAAAAUAAGUGCUGCUGAUGGCCAUCCCUCUAGCUGCAGCGAAGGUCUCUAGUCUCAGAUCGUUGUCAUUGGUUACAGAGUGAAGGCUCUCCUUACCAAUGAUUGGACGGAAAAAGUCCUCUCUACCGACCUGAGCGUUGGCGUCCCCGAUAGCAACUUUCACGUUAUGCUUUGGGCACUCUCCGCGUCCUUCACGUCAUCGGGUUUAUCGUUUGUCGGAGCAGGAACUCACUUAACCCAUUAUUGCCCAACUUAUUUUUCACACGCAGCGCAAAUUGAGUUUUCCGAUUGGAAAAAAUGAUGUGGUCAUUCCAGUGAAAUUAAUUUCCUACUAAGAGUAGCUGAUAUAAUAAGGAACAACCAGUGAAAAUUUCAGAUUGAUCGAUUAAUUAAUUCCUGAGAUAUCGUGGUCGCCGCGAAUGAACUUUUCAACAAAAUACAAUUCCGAGAUAAUCGAGUUUUAUUGUCCUGCAGCGAGUCAACGGUCUAGCGUAUCAAACACUACGCACCGCCUACGAGUGGUCAUUGGGUAGCGGUCUAUGAAUCGCUGUAACUCAAGUUUUAGUAUUCCGAUCUUAAUGAAAUUUUGAGAAAAUUUUCCUCAGCGUAUGUAGUUUGAGAAUAUUUAAUUUACAAAAAUUCGAUUUUUUCAUCAUGACAAAAAUGUGUAACCCCUUAAGGGAAAAUUGAAUAAAAACAAAACAUAUACACCGGUUUAACCACUCUAACUUCUCUAAACGUAUUCUGUAAGAGUAUAUGAACAAUAUUAACUCAUUGACAAUGCCUGUUCUGCGUUAUUUCUUAAGUAAUAGGAGUUAUUCUUAGCACCUACUAUAUAUAGUAGGUUGGGCAAUAAUGGGUUAAUGAUUGUUAAUUAUUGACUGAGAUACCUCAUCCUGUCGGAUACUACACAGCCUCUUGGCUACUUUUGUCAGAAAAAGAUACUAGACUAUUAUUUAUUUAUAAACAUUUUAAUCUCAACGGUCAUUCGCCUUUUUCGGAAAUAAUAUGCAUUUCAAAUGAAAAUUUGUGCGGUCGUCUAUCCUGGGCGCACUUCUUGCUGCUACGCGAGAUAUUUCUCGUGAAGUGGAGGGGGAGUAUCGUUAUUUCUAUUAUUCACUUUAUAGGGGCCCUUACACGCGCAAUAAAAGUGUCAUUACUAAGUAGUGUCAUUACUAGAAUUGUAUGGGAAUUCCGUCAUUACUCACCUUACACGAUCAUUAAAAGUGACAUUACUGCUCAGUAAUGACAUUACUAGCGCCUCGUGUAAGGGGCCCUUAUCGUAUGCUGCUCGUUGGUUGUUCAGUGUGCCCUCCCUCUCGCUCUCGUGUACGUCCAUGUCGUUGUUGCUAGCAGUAUUAGUUUUCACUGUUGGUUGUUUUCUGGUGCUUCUUGUUUUUCAGAGGGACCUAGCUGUAUUCGUCUUCUGUUUUGGUUACUCCUUCGCUAGGUGUACUGGAUGCAGGUUUAGGGUUUCAAAGAUUAUUGUUUGACCGGCUGACUAAUCAGUGUAGUAGAUUCAUAUUCUUUAGCAGUUUUAACGCAUGGUUCACCGUAGUGUGCCGUUUGGUUGCAGAGCUGGCACGUAGGCUCUUGCCGAGGUAUGUCGAUAGUGUUCUUUGAAUGUAGGUUGAUUUGCAUUUCGAGGACAAGUAAGAAGGAAUUGGUUGUUUCAGUUGCAUUCCAAACACACGAAUCUCGUUGAGAACGCCAGGGAAAAAUUAUCUUCAGGUGUCAUUUGUAACGGAUUCCACUUUUUAUUUCGUCAUGAAUUUUUUAUUGUGCUCGGAGCUGGGCCGUGGUGCCAAAUUCUCAAGGCGAAUUUUAGAUCCAUAUAUACUGAGAUGUUGGUUUUAAUUUUGUUUCGGCGUCGUGGCGCAUAUUGUUCAUCACUAGGGGACCGCGGGGCAAGUCCGACACCUUAAGCGCAAUAAUUUUUCUAAAAUUCCACAAAGCUCCUAAAAUUGUAUAUUCUGUGCAUAAUCCUUGUUUAGGUAGUUCUUAACAAAAUAUAAUUUUUUCAGCGUUUCAAAAAAUUGAAUUCAUUAAAAAUUAUUGGUUGCCAAAAAAUGGAGAAAAAUGACAUUUGAAAAACGGUGCGGGUAAGAGCGACACCCCAAAGGGGCAAGAGCGACCCCCUUUUGAACUUUCUUUUUGUCCAAUUUUUUCCAUUUAAAAUGUAUUGUGUAUGUGUGAUAAAGUGCAAUUAUGUGUAUAUGAGUAUGUGUGAUGCAAACGCAUGCUUUUUGUAGUUUCAUCGCGUAGCAAGAGGAAGAACAUUCGAAUGCGUGGUGUUAUGAAUAAAUAAUGUUUAACGCAUGGUUUAUAUUAUGGUACGGAUUUUCUUAAGUAAUUCUUUCGAGCUUUAUUGCCACUUGUAUAGCAAUUAUAACGAAGAAGAGCUGUUCUGCAAGCAGAUUAUAAACGCUGUUACAAGGACUCAUUCACUUAAAAGUGACGCACGCUUCGUAGUGAGCUAUCCGGUUCGUGUUGUGAUUUUUCGGAACACUGUUGAUCAAUAAUCCGACGGUCAAUGAAAAUUUUUCAUCAAUAUUAUUCAUAUUAGAUUAUACUUUUCAUUUCUUUUUGUAAUAUAACUAUGAAUCACGUUCAAUUUAAUUCUUAUUUUUUGGUCGGCUUGAGAUAAUACUGAAAAAUAAAUGAAAAAAAAAUAGUUUCCGUGUAUAUCAAUUGUUAACAUGACGUAAUUAUAGUAUAAUUGAACACAACAAAUAUACCGAGUCGUUUGUAUCGAAUCAAAAACGAACCCAAUCAUCUGAACACCGUGUCGGUCUUACCCCACCCAAAAACUGUCGGUCUUACCCCAACAGCGCACAUUUUUGUUAAAUGCUCAAUUAACAGUAUUGAAAUACUCAAACAUAUCUUCAAUACACACAAAUAACGAUAUGAAGAGUAGAAUAGAAUGUGUGACACAAAAACUGGUUAUUUUCAAAGCUUUUGUGGUAUUAAAACCUUAAAAUGUAUCAACUAAAAAUAACAUCCAAAAGCGCAUCAACUUUGCUUUCGCUUGUUUUGUUUAUUUCGUUGACGUUUAAUGAACCCAUAUGGCAUCGAUGUGUAUCGAAAUGCCUAAAAUAAUCGUACUAAUAAUAUCCUGUCAUUAUUGUAUGAUUUAAAAUUUGAUAUCUGGGAAAAGUCGUGGGGUGUCGGACUUACCCAGGGUGUCGGGCUUACCCCCAGUUCCCCUAUAAAGUGUUCUGCUUUGAAUAGCAUCUUUUCACUAAAAUGAUAUAAUUUAACAGAAAAAACCGCAACACCAGUGUUGAAUACUGUUAUGUACAAAAGCUUUUUAUUUAUUUAUUUGGGCCUAGAACAUUUACAACACUUAGGAUUAAACAUUUUGCUUUUAAAAACCCUGUCCCUUUAACAUCAUCGAGUUCACCCUUUGUCGGCGCGUAGGCGUUGAUUAUGCUAUAACUGAAUAGCUUGCCCUUUAUCCUCAACACACAGAUACGGUCACUGACCGGUCUCCAUCUGAUGAUUCGUUACUCCAGCGGUGCCAGCAACAUUUGUGAAGAUCGGGUAACAAACCUCUAUGGGAUUUUUGGUCGUAUACUGACAGGGAAGGGGAAAAGUGUCUAUUCUCCAUGUUAUCAGCGGCUCCAAACUGCGUCUGUUCCGGAACAGGAUGCACAUUACCGUUACAUUAUACAAUUUGGUCAUCAAUAUCUAGAGUUUUAGAAUUUAUGAUAUUAUUUGCGUUUCGAAAAUUUGAUUCUAGAAAAGCUACCUUACGAAAACUUUUGCUUUAUGAAAUUCCACCUGCCAAAAAGUUAUUGCUGGAUUAUGUUUAUUUUUCUGAGGUAGUUACUGAGGGAAAAUAUUCGGUAUUUUAUUGUGCGAGAAAUGGUUCUGUGGUGAAAGUCGUACAACCACUUCUCCUUCUUGAAAUACCUAUUUGUAUUCGUCUGUUCUGUUUCAACUAACGUCCCAUAUUCUACCUAUAAUCGGAAGUCAGUCCCAUGUAGAUAUGGAAUCCCAUAGAACAUGGGACUGACUUGCGAUUAUGGGCAGUAUUGUGCUUGAUCAAAACAUAUUCGCUGCAAGCUGACUUUAGCACGCACACCCAGAAAAGUGCCGGAUUGCAAUUUCAACCAGCUAAAUAUGUACGUCCGAGAGAACAAUAAACAUCGCAAUAUACUAAACUUAAUCUAGAACUCUUAUAUUUUGGAUUGUUGGGUUGGAUUCAUCUGGCUUGACAUUGAAAUAAGUACAAAUCGGUAACUCGUUUAAUCGAAAUAGUUUUUUUGGUCAAUCAGUUGAUUUAGAAAAUAAGGUUUUUUUUUUCAUUUUAGCACUUAUUUACUAAUUAUAAUUCCCAUAAUGUUUACAAGCGACAUAUCAUUCGUUUAUUUCAGUAUUGGUACAGGACGUUACGGUUGAAUUUAUACUUUAAAUGCAUUUAAUCAUCUCUACAAUUAGCCAUAAGCAUUAGUUUCACGUUAGCCAAUUACCACAAAAAAUAUAACAAAUUUAUUUUUGCAGAACUUAUUUACUACCUUACGCUAGAGACGACCGAACAAACCCUACUACAGAACAGUACUCCCAAUACAAUCAGAACACAAGUACAACCUAGCCCCAGAUCAUUUCUGAACAACCACAGUCAGAAAGACCGCCUGGACUGGAACCAACUAGACUUUGCUUCUUCAUCUCAUCGAUCGAUACGCAAAAAAAAGAACGUUGGACCUGUACACAAUCGAACGAACCAGUCAACCUGUACUGCAUAACUCCACAACCCUGAACGUCGUUUGAGGUGACUUCCAGACUUUGUGAACAUCUUUUCGGGACAAGCCAUGAAAAAAAAGAAACAAGAACCCAAGAGAUCAUGAAAACCCAACAUCCCCGACAAGACUGGAAGAAAGAGAACUGAGUCCGAGAAUUGUUUUUAACGGUAGGAUUGUAUCGAGUAACGUUUCACCCCAACAGAUACUAAAUUACGUUUCCUAGACUUAAGCUUCACGUUCGUUCACGACGCGCGAAUGGAAAUUACUUUCCCUUUAGUGACGAAUAUUUUCUUACUAAUUGACCAUUACCUAUUUUUGUCACUCUAUACUGCUAGGGAUCAUUUCUACCUAGACUAUUAUUCGGCGGUAUGAGAAAGAUUGGAUUCGAAUAUUAUUUUUAAAUUGUGACCCAAUUUUUCCACCAUUCACCAAAACUAAAGAUUACUUUAUGUUAAGUAUACUUUCCUACUACAGCACACUAUCGAAUAUGGUUUUUUGGGUCACAUGAGAUUAUUUCAGAACUAUUGAAUCACGAAAAAGACGUUUAAACGACAUUAUAACAGAUAUCGGGAGUGCUACAUUACGACAUUGGAAAACAUUUCACACUGCUCACACUUAUCACUACAUCAUUUUAAUCGGUGAAAUAAUUAAUCAUAAUAGAAUAUAGAUCUGUCUAAGCUACAAAUAAAAUUUUCUCUUUAUGUACAAGCUAAGAAAGACGCUGAUUUUAGACAGAUUGCAACGUCGAAGAUUUCUUUUGUUUUCGUACAGUAAUGCGUUAUGCGAGUAAUGCUUGAUUCAUCUUCAGAAUAUCAGAUUCAGAAUAUUCUGAUUCAUCUUAGUUUACACACAAAAAUAAAUACAUAACAUGAUACAGUUUUAAAUAAAUGCUUUUCCGUUGGAAAUUUAAACAAUCUUUAUUGGUAAGCAUGUCAAUCAUAACCACCCUUAGUAAUACCCGUACGUUACUAAUGUGAUGAAUACGGGCGCCGAUUCCGAUGGCGCACGUACCUCUUCACAAGUAAAUUUUAUACCAUACUUUGUGUAAUAUUGGAUUUCAUUUUCCCCGCUAAGCCAAAAGAGAAAAAAAAAAGAAUACGGUGAUUAGACAUACCCCUGAGAAUGGUCCAAAUCAGAAAAGUGAUUCAAUCAUAUUCAUAUACACUCUGAUAUUGAAAGCAAGUGAAUACCAGUUUUUUAUGUUUAGUGAUACCUUAGUUAGUUGAAGAAGUGCGUUUGUCUUUGCCCCUUACCUAUUUUAUGAAGGUUAGAGUCCUAAUCACGGCGCAGUUGCACGUGGGUGCGAAUUGCAUAAAAUACUUAUAUAAUCUUUCCAAAUACGUUGGGUUUCUUUCCCUACAACGGUAUUCUAACUAAUAAUCAUACUUUACUAAUCUGUGCAAAUUGUGUAUUACAUUAUAAAUAUAUAGCUGUAUUCGCAAACAUGUAUCGAAGAGAUCAGAGAAAUAAAGAUUUGCCAAUCACUUUUAGCGAA